AUGGCUUCAAUGUUGAUAAUGUUACAGAUUGUUAGUUUCUUGGACUUGUUGUCAAUUGGCCUGAUUGUCCCGCAACUAACGAACCAUGCUAGACAGUUGGGAUUAAAUUUCUUUCACAUUGGAAUGAUAGGAGCGCUAUAUUCGGCUUGCCAAACGAUAUCAGCACCAAUCAUAGGUAGCUUAAGCGACAUACGAGGCACAAAACCAAUAUUCUUGUUAUGUUUGGGCAUUUGUUCCUUUUCAUACGUCUGGUUGGGAAUAACAUCGUCUAUAAUUAUAUUUAUGAUGUUAAGGGGAAUUCUAGGAAUAUUUAAACAAAUACAGUUGCUAGUGAAAGCGGUUAUAGCAGAAAAUUGUAAUGAUACUAAUGAACAGGGUGUGUUGUAUGGCAAGUUGAUAGCAAUUGCAGGAUUGGGCAUGUCUGUCGGGCCUGUCGUAAGCGGGCACGUCAUUGAGGCGUACCCAACCAACGGUUUUACUAUACUCUCGUGUGUAGUAGGAGCUGUGUUUGCAGUAAAUAUAGGUUUCAUAUAUUCAAUACCAUUCAAAUGUAAAGAUAAGAAAGAAAUACCGAAUGGAGAGGCUGUAACGCAUACGUUACUUCAGUCAAUGGGCAACACACUGAAGGAAUCUGUGAAUGAGUUCUACAAGGUCGACUGGCCCAUCUUUUGGGACGUGUUUGUAUAUAAAAUGCUAAUGGCACUCACAAUGGGACUCUAUUUUAGUAAUUUUGCGUUAUUCUUGAAGACGGAACAUGACGUUUCACCGAAAAGUAUAGGGUAUAUGGUAGCUUUCCAAGGUGUUAUAGGAGCUUCAAGCAAUCUUUUAAUUAGACAUAUAAACAAAUUGUACAAAGUUGAUACAGAUUAUAGUAAACGAAUAUUUCACAUUUUUCUUAUUAUAACAUUAUCUUUAGUUGGUUUAGCGUCUGUACCUGAAGCGUAUAUGUAUAUAGUUUUUAUAGUACCAAAAUCAGUAUGCUUGUCGAUAGCCAGAGUUGUGUUGUUAGAGAUGACAACAAGUAGAGGUAAUCCUGACCAAAAAGGAGCAAUCAUGGGAGUAUCAAAUAGUGUGAAGUCCUUGACAGGUGUAAUAACGCCAAUUAUUAGUGGUGUAGUAACUCAGUAUUUAGGUAUAAGAUACGCAUUUUAUGUGGCUGCAUGCUUUAAUGGCAUAGGGACUGUUUUAAGUUACUGUAACUUGAAGAAACCAAAGACAAAAAAAGAGAAAAUAAAAUGA